AUGGACCUCUGGUCAGUCAUUGUUGACGUCUCCUUCCUUCUCUUGACUCUCCUCCUCCUCCCUUCAAUCUCGUGGUCGGCUCAACCCCAACUCAACAUUGUUCCUCCUGAGGACGGCAUGGCUUCCCCACCACCUCCCACCACCCCACUGUCGCCGGUGACCCCCAUCAGCGCGGUCGGCUCCCACUUGAGCGUGCCGUCAUUUGGUGGCGUACCCAGUAUCACUCUGACCCCUUCUGAGCUAUCGCCCACCCAUAAGCGGUCUCGACGAGGGUCAUUCGGUAGCCUGAGUAAAAAAAUCGGGCACAAGCGCAAGACUGUCAGCUUCUCCCUCUCAGCCAUCGAUGAUGUCCUGCCUCCACAAGCGUCCCCUAUGAAGGGACGUCCCCCUGCUCCCUUUGUCAAGGGCCCUAGAAGUCCCAGCCCCGGUCCUCACCCCAGAGAGAGUCAAUCGACCUUCACACUUGGCGUGACUGGAGAGCUGCCGGACGCGGCUAUGACUCACAGGAAAGAUGUGGCGGACUCGAUGGGGGUCAAGCAAGGGUGGCUCAUGGCGUGA